AUGGAAAAUGGGGAGCUUAGCAAUGUGCAUGAAAAAACAGAGGAAGAUAGGUUUUAUGAAAAUUCAAAUUUAGAGGAAGGAGAAUGUGAACAAAUCUCUAAUCAGAGCAAUGGAGAUUCACCCUCUCCUUGUUUAAUUGCCAUGCUAGACAGCAUGGACAUUAGAUGUGAGAAUAGCAUAGAAAUUAGCCAGCAAAACUCUUGUUCCUUCCAGCAUGGCUGUGACAGUGGGGAAGAAGCAGAUUCUCUGCACGAUGGUUCUGAAGACAGUCAAUACAAAGUUAGAGAGGACAGAACUUUCGAAAGCACAGUGGCUAUGGAGGACAUUUUCAAAACUUCAAGAAAUACUGUCAAAUUUCCCUUCAACAACGGUUCAGAAGAGAACAACAAUUUUCCAAAGGAAGAACAUAAGAUUUUCCUUGUUGUUAAGGCUGGCAUAGAUGGAGAAAGUAUUGGGAACUGUCCAUUCUCACAGCGUCUUUUCAUGAUACUUUGGCUCAAAGGGGUUGUAUUUAAUGUAACCACAGUUGAUCUGAAAAGAAAGCCUGCUGAUUUACAUAAUUUAGCUCCUGGGACCCACCCACCAUUUCUGACUUUUAACGGAGAAGUCAAGACAGAUAUAAACAAGAUUGAGGAAUUUUUAGAGGAAACUCUUUCACCUCCAAAAUAUCCUAAGCUUUCAGCCAAGCAUCGUGAAUCUAAUGCUGCAGGCAUAGACAUAUUCUCCAAAUUCUCUGCCUUUAUCAAAAACACAAAGCAGCAGGACAAUAACAGUCUUGAGAGAGGGUUAACAAAGGCUUUGAAGAAACUGGAUGACUAUCUGAGAAAUCCUUUGCCUGAAGAGAUAGACACAAGCAACACUGAAGAGGAAAGAGUGUCAAAACGCAAGUUUCUUGAUGGGGAGGAGCUGACCCUUGCAGACUGUAAUCUCCUGCCCAAGCUUCAUGUUGCCAAGAUUGUAACAAAGAAAUAUCGAAAUUAUGAAUUCCCAGCAGAAAUGACAAGACUGUGGCAAUACCUGAACAAUGCUUAUGCUCGGGAUGAAUUCAUCAACACUUGUCCUGCAGACAAAGAGAUUGAAAUAGCUUAUGCAGAAGUAGCUAAGAAGUAGCUUUGCAAAUCUUAAUCAGAAUCAGCAAGAUCCAUUUCUCCAGAGAAUUCCUGUUUUAUAGAUGCUUCUCCAUGAAGGCCUUCAACUAUAUAUGUAUGAAAGUUGGAUAACUUUGACGAAAUUGAUCACUUUUCUGGAUGCAUCUUGAUCAAUAUUUCACUGAUGAAAUACUGGGUGAAGACAAUGUGGAAUAGAGAAAGCACAACUCCAAAUUAUUAUGUUUUAUAAUUUAUGAUUUGGUAGGAGUACUUGGAGCUAGCGGGGUGGGCCUUCCCUUUUCUUACAGAAAAUGUAGGACAGGAGAAGACAUUUCUGAAAUCUUUACCAAUAAACUGGAACAAAUGUUAUAUGGUCCACUGAUAUCAUUUGGUUUCAUUCAUAUACUUGGGCUAAAAAUUGAAAGGUAAAUAUAAAAUAUAAUUUUGCCUUAUUUCUAAUUAUGAUCUAUCUGAAAAUACUGUAUGCUGCAAUUAGGGUUGAGGAGUUUAAAUUUGGAGGCAAAAUACGGAUGACUGUAAGAAAAUGUAUCUUAAGCAGAGUGUCGCCUUUAGGACUAUUUAGCAUAAUUUAAGGCCUUCCAAAACCUAUUCCAUCCACUCAGAUAGCAGGGCCUAAAGCUCAGUGGAAGCUUUUAAAUCUUAAAUAUAAUGGGGAUCAUAACCCAAGUGUAUCUAAUGUGGUUCAUGCUGCUCAUCCUUACAGGUUUAAAAGAAAGGCUGGAAAUCCUAUUUGGAAGUAGAAUUUUACUACUUAGGUUUGGGUAAAAGUAAGAAAAUGCCACUGACCAAACCUGAGUGAAUAUUAAAAAUAGAGAGGUUCGUGUAUCUCAUUUUCUCCCAUGCAGAAGAUGGAAGCAUUGAAAUAGUGAUUUAAAAAAUUAUGAGUCUUUAUGACUGGCGGGGGGAGGCAGGUGUUAGAAGGAGUGAUACAGGAACAGGAAUCUAGAUAAUCUUAAAAUCUCACUAAUGUUCUGAACUUUGUUAUUUUGUAAUACAUGCAGUCUUUGCAGAAAGAUUUGUGCUUUAAGACAAUGACUGCUUUGUUCUGUCAAUUGCUCACCACUGUAUUUUUUUGUAAUGAAAUGUAGAGGUUGAGUUCAUAUUCUUUUGGCACUUGCAAGAAAAAAAAUGAAUAUGAUAUAGCAGGACUGCCAACUAAGUUGGACAACAUCCAGUUGCACUCUUUUAACUUCAAUAAAGGAGACGUUCAAAUUUUCUAUUAUUUUCUUUAAGCCAUAAAAACAAAGGAAGAUUUUUGUUUGUAAAAUCUUUAUUUGAGACCAGGCUCAAAUAAAGUGAAGUGAAGUGGUAUAGAAAACUAGGAACCUGAUCUUAAAUCUCAAGGAGCAUUCUGGAGCUCACAACCUUCAACUCUCAAAAAGUGAUGCCUCCUGAGGGUGACUCUGUGGACUAGCAGCAAAACAUAAUAUAUAGCUACUUCAGCUUGUCUUGCUUAAGUGAUAUUUCUGUGGAAAGCAAAAAUAAGAUAGAGACUACAAAAAGUAGUGUGAGUGGGAAAGGUAUAAUAAGGACCUGAUGGUGACAUCCAUAAAUUCUAUUAAGUCAGG